AUGUACGGACAACAACCAAUUGUAGUUUUGAGCCAAAACACAAAACGUGACUCCGGCCGGAAGGUUCAACUCGAGAAUAUAAACGCUGGAAAGACAAUAGCGGACGUUAUACGAACAUGCCUUGGUCCACAAGCUAUGUUGAAAAUGUUGAUGGACCCCAUGGGUGGGAUCGUGAUGACCAACGACGGCAAUGCUAUUCUCAGAGAAAUCACAGUGCAACAUCCAGCGGCUAAAUCUAUGAUAGAAAUCGCCAGAACUCAGGACGAAGAGGUUGGUGAUGGAACUACAUCGGUUAUAGUGUUAGCCGGUGAAAUGUUAGCCGUGGCUGAACAAUUCCUAGUACAGAACAUUCAUCCCACCGUUAUCAUCCGAGAGUAUAGGCAGGCUUUAGAGGAUGCCGUGAAACUAUUACAAGAGAAGAUCUCCAUUCCAGUUGAUUUAAAUGACAGGGAAAAGAUUAGAGAAGUGAUUCGCUCAUGUGUAGGCACAAAAUAUGUCGGCCGCUGGGCUGACUUGGCUGUGGAUAUUGCACUGGAUGCUGUCAACACUGUCACAAUUAAUGAGAAUGGCAGAGUGGAAGUUGAUAUUAAAAAUUACGCUAAAGUAGAGAAGAUUCCCGGCGGCACCGUGGAGGAGUCGCGCGUGCUAAAUGGUAUCAUGAUCAACAAAGAUGUGACGCACGCCAAAAUGAAGAGGUUCAUCGAGAACCCUCGCAUUAUCCUCUUGGAUUGCCCCUUGGAGUACAAGAAGGGUGAAAGCCAGACCAACUUCGAGAUCGUUGGAGAACAGGACUUCACAAAACUGUUGCAACUAGAAGAGGAGCAUGUACAGAGGCAGUGUGCCGAUAUCAUAGCACUCAAGCCUGAUGUAGUUUUCACUGAGAAGGGAGUGUCUGACUUGGCUCAGCAUUACCUUGUUAAGGCUGGAAUCACUGCUAUUCGAAGAUUACGUAAAACAGACAACAACCGUCUGGCGCGCGCGUGCGGCGCCACCAUCGUGAACCGCACGGAGGAGCUCAAGGAGAGCGACGUGGGCACCAUGGCGGGCCGCUUCGAGGUCAAGAAGAUCGGCGAUGAUUACUUCACCUUCGUCACCGAAUGCAAGAACCCCAAGGCGUGUACAAUUCUCCUGCGAGGCGCUUCUAAGGAUGUCUUAAAUGAGAUUGAAAGAAAUCUGCAAGACGCUCUUCAUGUCGCUAAGAAUUUGGUGCUGAACCCGCGGCUGGUGGCGGGCGGCGGCGCGGUGGAGAUGGCCGUGUCGCAGGCGCUGGCCGCCAACGCGUCGCACAACACGCCCUACCGCGCCGUCGCGCAUGCGCUCGAGAUCAUCCCCCGCACGCUCGCGCAGAACUGCGGCGCGAACACGAUCCGCACUCUCACAGCUCUGCGCGCCCGUCACGCGGGACAGGCGGGACAGGCGGGACAGGCGAGCACGGCCGGCAUCGACGGCGAGACGGGCGAGAUCGUGGACAUGAGCGCGAAGAAGGUGUGGGAGCCGCUCGCUGUGAAGCUGCAGGUAUACAAAACAGCAGUGGAAACGGCAAUCCUCCUACUCCGGAUCGACGACAUCGUGUCUGGCUCCAAGAAGAAGAGCGGACAGGAGCCCGCUGCGCCCGCGCAGCUUGCGGGACAGGAAUAGUUUUGUUUUCAACGUCUCGAUAUUAACCUGUGUAACGCUGUUUUUGUUACUAAUUAGAAGGAAAUAUAUGAUUUUCGUUCAGCACAUACCAGUGAAAACAUUACAAUAACAAUUUGAUAUAAAUUAGAAAUAAAUAUAAUUGGUGUAUUUUGGUGCUUGAGAUAUGGCUAUUGUAUUCGGAGAACAUGGUUAAUAAAUUUAUUGAGUAUUAAUUUAAUACCAUCAAAAUUAAUCAUUUUUAAUUAAAAUACACCAUUGAUAUACCCAUAACUAAACCUUUACGUAACGUCACAUUAUAAAAUGCAAUUAGUACUUUCGCACAAGUUGCUAUAAAACUUUUGAAUUUCAGCUGUGUUUUAAUAAAAACAAUGUUAUAAAAUGAAGUCCCAUUUCGCACUACAGGUUAAUAUUUGAAAUAUGAACUUUAUAUAACGCUAUAGUUUUAUACGCUAGAUAACGGAUUAUUCAAAAUAAGUGCUUUGCUUUUUAGUCGCAGUAAGAAUUUAAAUACUUAAGAUUUUUAACUGCACAUUGAAAUAUACUGAAGGCCUUACUAAUGAAUAUAAUAAAAAAAUACGAUACAAAACAUAUCGAAAAAUUUGUUUUAUUAUUUUUAUGGUAAGGCUUAUUUUUCAUAAUUGGUGAAAAUAAAUAUAUUUUCUUCGAUUUACGAAACCAAAAACUUGUAUCUGGAAAAAUAUUCAUAAAUUUACAUAAAAUAAUGUUUUAAGAGAUUGCUUUUGUCACACAAUACCUUUAUUUAGCGAUGCCUUAGUAGCUGUAACUAUAAUUAAUUUUAAUUAUAUUUAAUAACAAUUUUUCGUUAUUUAUAAUUUUGUGGUCAGUUUGUUAACACGUGAAGUCGCGUUUAUGUUGCAACAUGAUGUUUCGGAUGGAACAAUAAUAGUAUUAAACGAUUAAACAUUAA